AUUGGUGUUCAGGUUCAGGAGGUUCUAUUCAGAAACCGAAUUUCCUGCCCUCUCCCACUCCUACUCUCACCUACCAUCAGCGCCUAAAAGUCUGCUAAAAGUCUAAAACCCUCUGCCAGUAACCUUCUCCUCUACUCAAAACCCCGAACCUCGAAAACCAUCUCGCUUCAAAAUCCUCCCUGUAUCUCCACCAACCAUGAACGUAACUCUAGCCACUUCUCUUCUCCACCUCAGAACCCCUUCUUCCUUCAACUCACCUUCGCUUCUCCAUUUCACCACUCUCAAAUCCCACAAUUCCACUUCGACCCCUCCUCUCAAAAUACCAAAAGCCUCCUCCUCCUCCUCCUCCCCCUCCUCCUCAAAUGACACUUUCAAAAACCCACUAACCCAAACCCUAAAAACUCUCACCAAAACAGCAAUUUUGAUCGGUGUUACAGCUUCCAUGGCUGGUAAAUUCCCUGUACUGCCUGCAAAAGCCGAAAACCCGGCAGCUCUCACUGAACAAAACCCGACCCUCGAAGAAGAAGAGGAAGGCAUGGAGAAACAUCAAAACCAGAACCAAAGUGACGCAUCGACUCCUUUAGAAGCAUUCCUAGAAUCUAAUGCUGAAGCAAUUGAGUCUCUAAAAUCACUUUUACAACAGAAGCUUGAAAAGGGCCAAGACGACGAGGCUUUAAAUAUUUUAAAGCAGUUAGUAUCUGCGCAACCGGAGGUUACUGAAUGGAAGUUUUUGAUGGCAAGAUUGCUGAAUGAAAUGCGCCGGGUCCAAGACGCUCGCAAUGUGUUUGAAGAAAUUCUCGUUGCGAAUCCCUUGUCUUUUGAGGCAUUGUUCGAGAAUGCACUAUUAAUGGAGCGCAGUGGAGAAGGAGACGCGGUUAUUAGGAGGUUACGAGAGGCUUUAGAUAUUGCAGAAGAGGAGAAUAAAGUGAAAGAAGCGAGGGACGUGAGAUUGAUUAUGGCUCAAAUACAGUUUCUGCAAAAGAACGUGGAGGAGGCGCUGGAGAGUUAUCAAGAGUUGUCGAAUGAGGAUCCUAAAGAUUUCAGGCCUUAUUUUUGUAGAGGGAUGAUAUACAGUUUGCUUGAUAGAAACGAGGAGGCAAAAGAGCAGUUUGCCAAGUAUCGCGAACUUUCUCCAAAGAAGUUUGAGGUGGAGGGAUAUUUGAGGACCUCGUUAUCAAGGAUGAAGCUUUUUGGGUCGAACGAGAAGAAUUGAGUUUUGGUUUUUGAAGUUUUGAGGUAAUAAUGAUUUCGAGAAUUCAGCUGCUCUCCAGAUAGAGAAGGAAGACAUUGGAUUUUUGGGUAAUCAUCCUCAAUUUCAUUUAGUGAAGUAGGUUUAGUUAUUUACUACUCGUCUAAGUUAUUAGGGUUGAUGUGGAAACAUGGUUGGAGUUUCACCAAGGAUAAGUAAAAGGAAUAAAGAAAAGAGGACCGAGUUUAAUAGAGCUGUAACACAUACAUUGUUGCUACAGGAAUGGUUUCGAUCAUUUCUUUUGAGGAUUGUCUCCGUGUUAAUUUUAAAAAACUACUGGCUUCACUUGCAA